ACACCCGGAAGCCGGUGCGGGCCGGCCGGCUCGCCCGGGGGUCAUGGCAGCUGUAGUGCCUGCCGCUGAGGGGGUCCCGGGACGGGGACCUCCCGGGGAAGUGAUUCAUCUGAAUGUGGGAGGCAAGAGAUUCAGUACCUCGCGCCAGACCCUCACUUGGAUCCCAGACUCCUUCUUCUCCAGUCUUCUGAGCGGACGUAUCUCGACGCUGAAAGAUGAGACCGGAGCAAUCUUCAUCGACAGGGACCCCACCGUCUUCGCCCCCAUCCUCAACUUCCUGCGCACCAAAGAAUUGGACCCCAGAGGUGUCCAUGGUUCCAGCCUCCUCCAUGAAGCCCAGUUCUAUGGGCUCACUCCUCUGGUUCGUCUUCUGCAGCUGCGGGAAGAAUUGGAUCGGUCUUCCUGUGGAAACGUCCUCUUCAAUGGUUACCUACCUCCACCAGUGUUCCCAGUGAAGCGGCGAAACCGCCACAGCCUGGUGGGCCCCCAGCAGGCAGGAGCCCGCCCAGCUCCUGUUCGGAGGAGCAACACAAUGCCCCCUCACCUGGGCCAUGCAGGGCUGCUGGGCCGAAUGCUGGACGAGAAGGCGCCUCCCUCCCCUUCGGGGCUACCCGAGGAGCCGGGGAUGGUGCGUCUGGUGUGUGGACACCACGACUGGAUCGCCGUGGCCUACACCCAGUUCCUCGUCUGCUACAGGUUGAAGGAAGCCUCUGGCUGGCAGCUGGUAUUCUCCAGUCCCCGCCUGGACUGGCCCAUCGAGCGACUGGCGCUCACAGCCCGGGUGCUUGGGGGUGCCCUGGGGGAGCAUGACAAGAUGGUGGCCGCAGCCACAGGCAGCGAGAUCCUGCUGUGGGCUCUGCAGGCAGAAGGCGGUGGCUCUGAGAUAGGAGCCUUCCGCCUGGAGGUGCCCGUGGAGGCCUUAUUCUUCGUUGGAAAUCAGCUCAUUGCCACGAGCCACACGGGGCGCAUCGGGGUGUGGAACGCCGUCACCAAGCACUGGCAGGUCCAGGAGGUGCAGCCCAUCACCAGUUACGACGCAGCAGGCUCCUUCCUCCUCCUGGGUUGCAACAACGGCUCCAUCUACUACGUGGAUGUGCAGAAGUUUCCCCUGCGCAUGAAAGACAAUGACCUCCUUGUCAGCGAGCUCUACAGAGACCCAGCAGAAGACGGGGUCACUGCCCUCAGCGUCUACCUCACCCCUAAGACCAGUGACAGUGGGAACUGGAUCGAGAUUGCCUACGGCACCAGCUCUGGGGGGGUGCGUGUCAUCGUGCAGCACCCUGAGACCGUGGGCUCGGGGCCCCAGCUCUUCCAGACCUUCACCGUGCACCGCAGUCCUGUCACCAAGAUCAUGCUAUCAGAGAAACACCUCAUCUCAGUCUGUGCCGACAACAACCACGUGAGGACGUGGUCCGUGACGCGCUUCCGGGGCAUGAUCUCCACGCAGCCUGGCUCCACGCCGCUCGCCUCCUUCAAGAUCCUGGCCCUGGAGUCGGCCGACGGGCACGGCGGCUGCAGCGCUGGCAAUGACAUCGGCCCCUACGGUGAGCGGGAUGACCAGCAGGUGUUCAUUCAGAAGGUGGUGCCGAGCGCCAGCCAGCUCUUCGUGCGUCUCUCAUCCACUGGACAUAGGGUGUGCUCGGUGCGCUCCGUGGACGGCUCACCCACCACCGCCUUCACCGUGCUCGAGUGCGAGGCCUCGCGGCGCCUUGGCUCCCGGCCCCGGCGCUACCUGCUCACCGGCCAGGCCAACGGCAGCCUGGCCAUGUGGGACCUGACCACCGCCAUGGACGGCCUCGGCCAGGCCCCUGCAGGCGGCCUGACUGAAGCAGAGCUGAUGGAGCAACUGGAACAAUGUGAGCUUGCCCCACUGGCCUCCUUUCGGGGUGCCCCCCCAAGCCCGUCCCCCCGAACUUCCUUCACCAGUCUGUCUGGCAACACUGGCCUGUGCAGCCGCCGUGGGAGCCCCAGCCCGCCCCAGGCUGAAGCCCGGCGCCGCGGGGGAGGCAGCUUCGUGGAACGCUGCCAGGAGCUAGUACGGAGUGGCCCGGAGCCCCGAAGGCCACCAACACCAGCCCCCCGACCCUCCGCAGGGUUUGGGACUCCUCUAGUGCCCCCUAAGAUGAAGCUCAAUGAAACUUCCUUCUGAACACAGCUGCCUUUGGAGACGAGGCCAGGUCUCUUCUGAGAGAGACCUCUGCCCGUGCGAGCCCUGGAGUCAGGACCAGGGCCACCUCGGAGUGCCAUUGUUACGAGGGCCCCGCUGGUCCCCUCAUCUGGAGCCAGCGUCACCCUCCCCUAAUAAAAUUGUUACUGCCAGCAGCUUGCUUACAUUCUUAGAGGGUUCAGAGACACCCAAGGAGAGGGUGGCAGAGAUGUGGGGCCCAGGGGGCUUCUUGACUGUCGAUUCAAGAACACCUGGCUUAAACAAAGUACAGUGUAUGGCUUCAGGAUAGGCUAGAUCCAGGCCUCCUAGCCCUCAUCCAGAUGUCUUUCCAUCCUUUGGCUUAAUUUUCUCUGGGCUGCAUUAGUCUCACAUUUUCCCUUCUCUGUGCCAAGAUGACUCCAGGUGGCUUCUUAGCAUUUUCCCCCUCUCUAGUAGCAGCAAAAAGUCAAUGAUUCUCUUUCGCUUGAAUUAAGUCUGGUUAUCCCUGACCUAAUCGCUGUGGCCGGUGUGCUGGAGGGCUCAAUUGUUCCUCUCUGGGCCAUGUGCCCCAAGUCAGGAGGUGAGUGCAGCCCCAUGUGGACAGACUUGAAGAAGUGUCUCGGAGUCGGAGUAGCUACCACCGGUAGGCUUGAAAAGUCACUGGUUUUGGAACAUGGGAGUGUUCUAGAAUGUCUAUGAAUCUUCAUCAAUAGGCACGAAUACACGACAGGAUGGCAGAAGCAGGUGUCAUGUAGGUCCUGAUGUCUACCCCAAAACUUACCUCCACAAACACCUUGCCCACCUUGCCCUGGCUCUCAGACUUUUCCCCCCUUUCCUUCCCACACCGGAGAAGGUAUG